AGUUGCCGAUUAGUAGUGUGUACAAUAGGCGGUGAAAAUAUUAUUCCGAACCGCAUUGAAAGGGAAAAACGCGGUAAAAAGGCGUACGCGAGGGUUUUGGCGCUCUCUCCCGCUCUCUCCAAUCUCCACCAGAGUUUCAGGUAUCUCUGUCGCCGACAUCUCUGGUUUUCCAAAGUCACACUUGAGAAUAGUUCAAUUUCAAGUUACAUUCGAAAUUUCAAAACUCUAAUUUCACUUGCCAAGUGACUUGAUUUGAAGGCCCAAAUUUUACUAGAUUUACUGGUUGUGGUUGCAGGUUAAAUGCACAAGUGACAUGAAAUGUGCAUCCUCCUUUACAUUUUCUAAGGCUUUAAAUUUUGGCAGUUUAGCAGCGAGGUCACUGAAUUCCUGCAUCAUUUUCCCCUUGAAGUGUUCUAUAAGGACAGGAAGAAUGGAAAGCAAUGAUAAUAAUGGCAAUCUAAAGGAUAAUGAUGGUGGUUCAAGAGGUGCAUUCAUAGUUCUAGAAGGUUUGGAUCGCAGUGGAAAGACUUCACAAUCCAGCAAGUUACUCUCUUUCUUGGAGGGACUAGGGCAUCCGACUGAGUUAUGGCGUUUUCCUGAUAGGACAACUAGCAUUGGACAGAUGAUAUCUGCUUAUCUCUCAAAUCAAUCUCAGUUGGAUGAUCACACAAUCCAUCUUCUAUACAGUGCAAAUCGGUGGGAAAAGAGUUCAUUGAUGGAAACUCAACUGAAAAGUGGAACAACUCUCGUUGUUGAUCGAUAUUCUUAUUCUGGUGUUGCUUUCUCAUCUGCCAAAGGACUUGAUUUUGAAUGGUGUAAGGCUCCCGAGAUUGGACUGCUGGCUCCAGAUCUUGUACUGUACCUUGACAUACCACCUGAGAAAGCUGCAGAAAGAGGAGGAUAUGGUGGUGAAAGAUAUGAGAAACUUGAAUUCCAGAGGAAAGUUGCUGAAUGCUAUCAGGCCCUCCGUGAUCCCUCUUGGAAGAUUAUAGAUGGGUGCCAACCCAUGGAAGAGAUUCAAAAACAACUCCAAGAGAUUGUGUUGGAUCAUGUUUCAGCAUGUAAAAAGGGGAGACCCCUUUCUCAUCUCUGGUAAUGCUAUUUCUAGCUAAUUUUUAUCAUUAUCAGAGAUUGUAAUUUGGUAAAAGUUGCUCUCAAGUAAUUUGAACUGCUAUUACUAUUGUGUGAAAUAUGAUAGAGCUUUCCAAUUUUCUUUUCAGUUAAAUUUGAAAUUGUUUUGGUUGUUCAGUCCUUGUUUUUCUUUGGAAUACAUGUAGCCAAACUUUAUAGAAUCAAGCACAUGCCUUGCACGUGCGACUCUAAUUGAUAUUUUGAUUAUAAUAAACAUUAUAAUUUUAGGCUGGAGUUGUUAUAA